CAAUUAUCCGUAUCGUCUUAAGAACAAGGUUGACGUGUUUUACCCUGGUCUGGGUGUAUUUUCCUUGUUUGCUGAUAGGAGGGUUUGGGCCUUUUGGGUUCAUUUUUUUUUUCCUUACUGGUUCAUUAGGUUUUUAGGAUCUGACUCAUCUGGUUGUUGUUUUAAUUUGCGUCGGUUUUCCUCGUUCUUGUUCCUUGGGUGGCUUUGUUGGAAAUAGUUUGAUGUUGCACUGAUAGGAUUGGCAGUAGAUUAAUCAGGAACUUCAAUUAAAUGGCUCGUUUGGUUCUGCCGUACAAAGGCUCGAGCUUUGCAAAGAUGGGCCUAUUCGGCUUAAUCACCUCAUAUCCUAUUAAGGCCACUUGCCAUGCUAGUUCUUUUCAGCUGCCAGUGAAGAAUUUCUCUAGAGCCAGGCAAUAUUUUAGACCAGAGGUUUCUCAUCGGAGAAAUAGACCUUCAUUUCUUUCAUCAGCUAGUACUAAGCAAGCCGGCAGAAGGCUGAUUUGUUCAGUUGCAACAGAAACACCACCAAACCAGGCUGAGGAGUCCAAAAUGGAUACACCAAAAGAGAUAUUUCUGAAAGAUUACAAGUUGCCCGAUUACUAUUUUCAGACAGUAAAAUUGAACUUUUCUCUGGGAGAGGAAAAAACAAUUGUCUGUUCAGAAAUAACUGUUUUCCCCAGGGAGGAAGCAGGUAUUGCAUCUCCAUUAGUCUUGGAUGGGCAAGAUUUAAAGCUACUAUCAAUUAAAGUUAAUGGAAAGGAAUUGAAGGUAGAAGAAUAUCAUUUGGACUCACGCCACCUGACACUCCUGUCACUGCCAAGGAGCACCAAAUUCACUUUGGAAAUUGUUACUGAGAUAUAUCCACAGAAUAAUACAUCUUUAGAGGGGCUUUACAAGUCCUCUGGAAACUUCUGCACACAAUGUGAAGCAGAAGGCUUUCGGAAAAUUACAUUUUAUCAGGAUCGUCCUGAUAUCAUGGCAAUAUACACAUGCCGUAUUGAAGCUGAUAAAACACUGUAUCCUGUACUGUUAUCCAAUGGGAAUCUUAUAGAGAAAGGAGACCUUGAGGGUGGGAGACAUUAUGCUGUUUGGGAGGAUCCUUUCAAGAAGCCAUGCUAUUUGUUUGCCUUGGUUGCUGGACAGUUGGAAAGUAGAGAUGACACAUUUAUUACUCGCUCAGGGCGGAAGGUGUCCUUAAGGAUCUGGACCCCUGCACAGGAUCUGGCAAAGACAGCUCAUGCCAUGUAUUCACUCAAGGCUGCCAUGAAAUGGGAUGAGGAUGUUUUUGGUCUUGAGUAUGACCUGGAUCUCUUCAAUAUUGUGGCUGUUCCAGAUUUCAACAUGGGAGCCAUGGAAAAUAAGAGUUUAAAUAUAUUCAAUUCAAAGCUUGUCUUGGCAUCUCCUGAAACUGCUUCAGAUGCAGAUUAUGCUGCAAUUUUAGGAGUUAUUGGCCAUGAGUAUUUCCAUAAUUGGACUGGUAACAGAGUUACAUGUCGUGACUGGUUCCAACUCAGCCUAAAGGAAGGUUUGACCGUCUUUCGAGAUCAGGAAUUUUCAUCCGACAUGGGUAGCCGUACUGUUAAGCGUAUAGCAGAUGUUUCAAAGCUCCGCAGCUACCAGUUCCCUCAGGAUGCUGGUCCUAUGGCUCAUCCUGUACGUCCACAUUCAUAUAUCAAGAUGGACAAUUUCUACACUGUAACGGUUUACGAGAAGGGUGCUGAAGUUGUCAGGAUGUAUAAAACCUUGCUGGGGAGUCAUGGGUUCCGUAAAGGCAUGGAUCUUUAUUUUAAGAGGCAUGAUGGCCAAGCAGUGACCUGUGAAGACUUUUUUGCUGCAAUGUGUGAUGCAAAUGAUGCAAAUCUCUCUAAUUUCUUAUCAUGGUACUCUCAAGCGGGGACACCCCUUGUCAAAGUUACUUCAUCUUAUAAUGCUGAAGCACGGAGUUAUUCUUUGAAAUUCAGUCAAGUGGUGCCACCAACCCGAGGGCAGCCAGUGAAAGAACCAAUGUUCAUUCCUGUGGCACUAGGUCUUCUUGACUCAAAUGGGAAAGAUAUACCUCUCAGCUCAGUAUAUCAUGACGGGAUGCUGAAAUCUAUAGAAAAAAAUGGUGAACCUAUAUAUACUACAGUUCUUCAAGUAAAAAAGAAAGAAGAAGAAUUUGUAUUCUCUGAUUUGUCCGAGAGACCAGUACCAUCUCUCUUGAGGGGUUUUAGUGCUCCUGUCCGUCUUGACUCGGAUCUCACUGACAGUGAUCUAUUUUUCCUACUUGCUCAUGAUUCAGAUGAGUUCAACCGUUGGGAAGCAGGGCAGGUAUUGGCAAGGAAACUGAUGCUCAGCUUAGUGGCUGAUUACCAGCAAAAUAAACCAUUGGUUUUGAAUCCAAAGUUUGUGCUUGGUAUCAAAAGCAUACUUUCUGACUCAAGUUUGGAUAAAGAAUUCAUUGCAAAGGCGAUAACACUGCCUGGUGAAGGGGAGAUCAUGGACCUGAUGGAGGUUGCAGAUCCUGAUGCUGUUCAUGCUGUUCGAUCUUUCAUCAGGAAGCAGCUUGCUGCAGAAUUAAAAGCAGAGUUUCUCAAAACGGUCCAAAACAAUAGAAGCUCGGAGGCCUAUGUGUUUAAUCAUUCUAGUAUGGUCAGGCGUGCUCUGAAAAAUGUUGCUCUUGCUUAUCUUGCUUCUCUUGAAGAUAUGGAAUUCACCGAGCUUGCCUUGCACGAGUACAGAUCUGCUACAAACAUGACAGAACAGUUUGCAGCUCUGGCAGCCAUAGCCCAGAAUCCUGGUAAAACUCGUGAUGAUGUUUUGGCUGACUUCUAUUCCAAGUGGGAACAUGACUAUCUGGUUGUGAACAAAUGGUUUGCUCUUCAAGCCAUGUCAGACAUUCAUGGUAACGUCGAGAAUGUUAGGAACCUCUUGAAACAUCCUGCGUUUGACUUGCGUAAUCCAAACAAGGUAUACUCGCUCAUUGGAGGAUUUUGUGGAUCACCUGUGAAUUUCCAUGCAAAGGAUGGUUCUGGCUACAAAUUCUUGGGAGAAGUAGUGGUUCAGCUAGACAAGCUAAAUCCACAGGUGGCAUCCCGGAUGGUGUCUGCUUUCUCAAGAUGGAGGCGUUAUGAUGAGACCAGGCAAAAACUUGCUAAGGGACAACUAGAGAUGAUAUUGUCAACUAAUGGGCUUUCAGAGAACGUGUUUGAGAUUGCAUCGAAAAGCUUAGCUGCAUAAAUGUGUUGCCAAGCUAUUGCCAUUGUUGAAACCGAUGUAUUCUAAGAAGAUUCGAGAUAGCCUUAAAAAAGCAUAGAUGCGCACCAUGCGUUGUAAAAGGUGCCAUCAUAUAGAAAUAAGGUCUGGCUUGUUUUUUUGUAGUACACAAACUCACAAAGGAUGUUUCUUUGUCUCCUUUUAUGUCAAGAUGGGAAGAGUGGAAGACCAAGACCCCUUGACUUGCCUGGAAAUAUGUAUUUUUGGUUUUCCUCUCCAAUAUUUAUCUAUGAUAUCGACUUCAUGAUUCAAAGUACGA